CCCAUGGGGGUCGAGAGCCUCUGCAGCGCCGACGGCAGCGAGCGCUUCUGGGACUGGAAUCUGACAUGGCACACAGAAAAUCCAGACUUUACCCCAUGCUUUCAGAACACAGUCCUAGUUUGGAUUCCUUGCAUUUACCUGUGGGUCUGCUUCCCAGUCUACUUCCUAUACCUUCGGUAUCAUGACCGGGGAUACAUCCAAAUGUCACACCUCAACAAAGCCAAAACGGCUUUGGGCUUAGUACUGUGGAUAGUCUGCUGGGCAGACCUUUUCUACUCUUUCUGGGAAAGAAGUCAAAAUAUUUUUCGAGCUCCAUUUUUUCUCAUUAGCCCUACAGUCUUGGGUAUAACAAUGUUGCUUGCUGCRUUUCUAAUACAAUAUGAAAGAAUAAAAGGAGUCCAGUCCUCAGGUGUAAUGAUGAUUUUCUGGUUCAUCUCAUUGUCAUGUGCCACAAUAAUUUUUAGAUCCAAAAUAAUACAUGCCUUAAAUACGGAUGCUGAAGUGGAUGCUUUUCGUUAUGCGACCUUCUGCAGCUACUUUGUCUUGGUACUUGUACAGCUCAUACUGUGCUGCUUUCCAGAACAGCCACCUUUGUUUUCUGAAACAGUAAAUGAUCCUAAUCCAUGUCCUGAGUCCAGUGCUUCUUUCCUCUCUAGAAUCACGUUCUGGUGGAUCACUGGGCUGAUGAUACAGGGUUAUCGGACGCCUUUGGAAGCCAAGAAUUUGUGGUCGUUAAAUAAAGAGGAUAUGUCUCAGGAGGUAGUGCCAGGUUUGGCUAAGAACUGGGCAAAAGAGUGUGCAAAGACAAAGAGGCGACCAUUAAACAUGCUGUACUCGCCCAAAAAGCAGCAAAAAUCAAAUGACUCAAGUGAUGAUAUGACAGAAGAGGCUGAAGCUUUAAUUAUAAAACCAACUCAGAGGAACUCUGAGGCAUCUUUAUUCAAGGUGUUAUAUAGAACUUUUGGACCAUAUUUCAUCGUGAGCUUCCUAUUUAAAGCUGCACAUGAUCUCUUGAUGUUUGCAGGCCCAGAAAUUCUAAAAUUGCUAAUCAAGUUUGUAAAUAACAAAGAUGCUCCAAAUUGGCAAGGCUACUUCUACACAGGACUUCUAUUUGUUUGUGCCUGUCUUCAGACACUGAUUCUACACCAGUAUUUUCAUAUUUGCUUUGUGACUGGAAUGAGGCUCAAAACAGCAAUUGUUGGUGUAAUCUAUCGAAAGGCACUAGUUAUCACAAAUUCUGCCAGAAGGACUUCUACUGUGGGUGAGAUUGUGAAUCUAAUGUCUGUGGAUGCUCAGAGAUUCAUGGACUUGGUUACCUACAUAAAUAUGAUUUGGUCUGCACCUCUGCAGGUGAUAUUGGCACUGUACUUACUGUGGCAGAAUUUAGGUCCAUCUGUGCUGGCAGGUGUGGCUGUCAUGGUCCUCCUGGUUCCAGUAAAUGCUGUGAUGGCAAUGAAGACAAAAAACUAUCAGGUAGCUCAAAUGAAGAGCAAAGACAAUAGAAUUAAGCUGAUGAAUGAAAUUCUCAAUGGGAUUAAAGUGUUGAAACUUUAUGCCUGGGAAUUAGCCUUCAGAGAGAAGGUAUUAAAGAUUAGACAGGAAGAGCUGAAAGUCCUAAAAAAAUCUGCUUACCUUGCUGCAACRGCCACCUUUACAUGGGUCUGUGCUCCCUUUCUGGUUGCCUUGUCCACAUUUGCUGUGUAUGUAAUGAUAGACAAAAACAACGUCUUGGAUGCUCAGAAGGCGUUUGUAUCGUUAGCAUUAUUCAACAUCCUCAGGUUUCCACUGAACAUUCUUCCUAUGGUUAUCAGCAGCAUAGUAGAAGCCAGUGUGUCACUGAAGCGCCUCAGGGUGUUCCUCUCACAUGAAGAGCUGGAUCCCAGCAGCAUAAUCAGGGGGCCCAUCAAAAAUGUGGAAGGAAGCAUUGUUGUAAGGAACGCAACAUUUAGCUGGUCCAAAAAUGAUCCUCCUUCACUGAACAGCAUUAACUUCACCGUUCCAGAGGGCUCGCUGAUAGCUGUUGUUGGUCAAGUUGGCUGUGGGAAGUCAUCGUUGUUGUCUGCGCUGCUGGGGGAGAUGGAUAAAAAGGAAGGCUGUGUGGUUGUCAAGGGCUCAGUAGCCUACGUUCCUCAGCAAGCCUGGGUCCAAAAUGCAACUCUGGAAGACAACAUUAUCUUUGGAAGGGAGAAGAAUGAGAGCCGCUAUAAGCGUGUGGUUGAGGCUUGCGCGCUGCUGCCCGAUAUAGAGAUCCUUCCUUCGGGAGACAGAACAGAAAUAGGAGAAAAGGGUGUGAAUUUGUCUGGAGGACAGAAGCAGCGAGUUAGUCUGGCUCGGGCGGUUUACUGUAAUGCAGAUGUCUACCUAUUUGAUGAUCCUUUAUCAGCUGUUGAUGCCCAUGUUGGGAAACAUAUUUUUGAAAAAGUUAUUGGACCAAAAGGGAUCCUGAAAAAUAAAACACGAGUUUUGGUAACCCAUGCAGUCAACUAUCUGCCUCAGAUGGAUACGAUUCUGGUAAUGACUGAUGGAGAAAUAUCUGAGAUGGGCUCCUACCAGGAGCUGCUGGAGCAAGAUGGGGCUUUCGCAGAGUUUCUUCGUACAUAUGCUAAUACUGAACAGAGCAUGGAGGACAGUGACUCGGAUCCUUCGUUAGAAGGAACAAUUCAACUACUGGAAACAGAUACAAAUAGUCCAGCUGGAAAGGAAGGAAAGCUUAUAGAAAACGGUGUCCUGGCAAACGAAGCUCCUGGAAAACUGGUGCAUAGGCAACUUAGUAACUCUUCAACAUACAGCGGCGAGACGGGGAAGUCGCAGCAGCAGAGCAGCACUGCAGAGCUGCAGAAGCCCACGGCAGAAAAGAAUUCCUGGAAGCUGACGGAGGCCGACACUGCCAAAACCGGAAGGGUAAAGGCAACAGUGUACUGGGACUACAUGAAAGCUAUUGGACUCUUUAUCUCUUUUCUGAGCAUAUUYCUCUUUAUGUGUAACCACGUGGCCUCCCUGGCUUCCAACUACUGGCUGAGUUUAUGGACAGAUGACCCUGUUGUCAAUGGGACCCAGCAGUACACGAACGUCAGACUGGGAGUGUACGGAGCAUUGGGAAUUUCUCAAGGUAUUGCUGUGUUUGGCUACUCGAUGGUUGUGUCAAUAGGGGGAAUAUUUGCUUCACGCCACCUGCACCUUAAUCUGCUCCACAACGUCCUCAGGUCUCCAAUGAGUUUCUUUGAGCGCACACCCAGUGGAAAUCUGGUGAAUCGUUUCUCCAAGGAAAUGGAUACGAUUGACUCCAGUAUUCCACCAAUCAUCAAGAUGUUCAUGGGCUCCACUUUUAAUGUCAUUGGGGCUUGUAUUAUUAUCCUGCUGGCCACACCAAUAGCUGCUGUCAUUAUUCCACCUCUGGGACUUGUCUAUUUGUUUGUGCAGAGAUUUUAUGUGGCCACUUCUCGCCAGCUCAAACGCCUGGAGUCCGUCAGYCGCUCCCCGGUGUAUUCGCACUUCAACGAGACCCUCUUGGGAGUGAGUGUCAUUCGAGCCUUUGAGGAGCAGAAGCGUUUCAUACGGCAGAAUGACAUGAAAGUGGAUGAAAACCAGAAAGCUUAUUAUCCAAGCAUUGUUGCAAACAGGUGGCUGGCAAUCCGCCUGGAGUGCGUGGGGAACUGCAUCGUCCUGUUUGCAGCGCUGUUCGCAGUGAUGGCGCGCAACAGGCUCAGUGCAGGCCUCGUUGGCCUCUCUGUGUCCUACUCGUUACAGAUUACAGCGUACUUAAAUUGGCUGGUUCGUAUGUCAUCGGAGCUGGAAACGAACAUUGUUGCGGUAGAAAGAGUCAAAGAAUACGCUGAAAUGGAGAAGGAGGCUGAAUGGAGUAUUGAACAAACGGCCCCAGCCAGCACUUGGCCCCAGGAGGGGAAGAUUGAGUUUCGAGGCUACGGUUUGCGCUACCGGGAAGACUUGGAUUUGGUUCUGAAAAACAUCAAUGUUACCAUAAAUGGGGGUGAGAAGAUAGGAAUAGUUGGAAGAACAGGAGCUGGGAAAUCCUCCCUUACUUUGGGUUUGUUUCGGAUUAAUGAAGCAGCUGAAGGAGAAAUUGUUAUUGAUGGGAUUAAUAUUGCAAAGAUAGGACUCCAUGACUUGAGGUUCAGGAUCACUAUCAUCCCUCAGGAUCCAGUGCUGUUUUCUGGGUCUCUGCGUAUGAAUCUUGAUCCUUUUGAGCAGCACUCUGAUGAAGACAUUUGGAGGUCUUUGGAAUUGGCUCACCUGAAAAAUUUUGUAUCAUCUCUUCCUGAUAAGCUUAAUCAUGAGUGCGCUGAAGGUGGGGAGAACCUCAGUGUGGGACAGCGCCAGCUGGUGUGCCUGGCUCGGGCUCUGCUCAGAAAGUCAAAAAUCUUGGUUCUCGAUGAGGCCACCGCUGCUGUUGAUCUUGAGACAGAUAACCUUAUACAGUCAACAAUAAAGUCUCAGUUUGAAGAAUGUACUGUUUUAACUAUAGCACAUCGUCUGAACACGAUCAUGGACUACACAAGAGUUUUAGUCCUUGACAGAGGCGAAGUUGUGGAGUGCGAUAGCCCAGACAACCUACUCCAGAAAAAAGGCAUUUUCUAUAGUAUGGCCAAAGAUUCAGGCUUGGUGUAGCAUUGGAUUUGGUUUGUUUGCAUGGGGAAGAAGAAGGUAACACAUUUGGAGAACUGUAGCUUUGACUGGACUGGUGUGAACCGUGGUGCUCAGUGUUGGACUUCGGGAGGCCAACCAGACCAUGAAGAUGGAAGUAACAUAAAAAUGCAAUGUCUUUUUUCUUUUCUUGUUUGUUUGUUUUUUCUCCUUAGUAUUGUUUUAGCAAGUCUGCUUUAGGAGAGACACAUUAUACUGGCCAAAAUACUUCAGAUACUUACGUUACCUUUUGCCUGGAAUCUGUCCUGCUAUUGCUUAAACGUAAGUUGGAAUAAUCCAUCAGAGAAGUUCAGAAAAGCUUUCACCUUUUCAUCCGCUCUUAUAUUCUGAAGGCCCCAUUUUUUUAUUUAAAGUAUUUUUGCAAAAGCUGAUUAUUUGCUUGUUUGCUGAUUCCUCAUUUGGUGAGCCAUCUACUGUGGGAUGCACUUGGAACAUUUUGUGGCAUAUAGUACUAUAGUCAAAGACUUUUUUUUUGUGAAAUUAUGCGUGUGCCAGACUUUCUCAUUAUGGCAUUUACUGUACAUGGUUAAUGCUUUUAUGCAUUCUCCUCAAGUUUCAUAUGUGUUUACAGUACAUAGCAGCAAGUUCACCAUAAUGUGUCAGUAGUGCUGAGGUGAAAAACCACAGUCAACUUCAAAGCAGUAUUUAAACACGCCUGCAUUGACAGUCAGUCUGAAACCAAAUUCUUGCAGCAGCUGGUGUGUCGUGGUAACAAGUACCUGAUUUUACACCAGAGUCACUCAGGAAUUCRGACAUGGGUGCAGAAUCCUGGUCACGUCUGUGGGGACUACACUUAAAAGUGAGGAUUUGUCUGAGCAAAGGUUGCGGAGUGAGUUACGGUGUAAUAUUGAUUGUAAUAUACCCUUGACUCGGGCAGGUCUGUCCUUUAAUUGCAGCUCUGCCCCGUCAAGGACAUUAGCCUUAUAGCAAAGAAAAAUGCCCUUCAUGCUGCUGCUGCUGACUCUUAAAUCGUGUGGGGAAAUGUUCUCUUAAAGUUUAUAGAGAAAAAUCCUUGUUUUACUGUUUUUAAAGUUAUGUGUGUCAGAGGGGUCCAAGAAUUCAAUUAACAAUGGAGUCUGGUUUCAAGAUCUUUUUGUUGAAUGUUCAUUUGUCUAUUGGAAGGAAAAAACAAUUGCAUUUCUCGUGUUCUAAACAGUCUUUUUUUAAAAAAUAAAUUGUUGGAAGACAGCAAGCCAUGUUAGAUGGAUCCAAAUCCUGAGCACUCUGGGAAUGUGGACUUCUGCGAAUAAUGUUGCUGACUAGACAGUUGUCUCCUUUAGAGUAAAAACUAUUUAUUUUUUUGUAAGUUAUAACUCUCUGAAAUUGAAUAGACUGAAAUUUUCUUUGG